CCUCCGGCCCAGGUGCGACGGAACCUCUCGGUGUCUCCCCAGAUGUGCGACAAGUUUACCGUCUGCGAGAACAGCAUGGAAGUGCUCGUCCGGAACAACCUCAACCUCCCCAAGGUGACGGAGGAAGACGGGUGCCUGCUCGCCGGCUUCGAUGAGGAUAAAUGCUUGAGGAAAAUCUCCAGCGGGCUCUACACGUUUCAGACGUACCUUGAAUACAUACAAGAAACUUUCACUAGCGAAAAGCAGAACAUCGAAUCGCUGUGCUACAGCACAGAGCACCUGGCACGUACCAUAAGGCAGAUGGUGAUAAACCCCAAUGAAGUCGUCAUCCCCGACUCAGCUACCCAGAAAUCCCUCCGCGCAAAGCUGCGGUCUGAUAAGACCUGGAUAGAGAAAAUCACCACCCACCUCAUCCUCCGAGACUUUACUUCGUUUAUGGAGAAAACCGUGAGGGCUGUUCGCUAUUUGAAAAACACCAGGAGUUUCAGUGUCUGAAUGUUUUAAUUCAGGCACAAUCCUUUG